AUGGGGACCCACCGCACCCGGAUUAGGGAGAGCUGCCUCCCGCUCGUCUGCCGCUUGCUUCUCCUCCUGACGCUGUGGACCGAGUUGUCCCAGUCCACCGGUCACUUCGAGCUGCAGCUGAUCUCAGUGGAGAACGUAAACGGCGAGCUGGCGGACGGCGAGUGUUGCGACGGCCCCAGGAACAACCAGGACCUGCGCUGUACCCGGGACGAGUGCGACACCUACUUUCGCGUGUGCCUAAAGGAAUACCAGGCCGAGGUCACCACCGGCGGCGGCUGCACCUACGGCGCCGCCACCACGCAAGUUCUCGGUGGAAAUAUGUUUUCUUUUCAAGGCAACAAGAACAGUCCCAAUAAAAUGGACGAAGCCGGCAAGAUCUCCAUCCCCUUCCAGUUCGCCUGGCCGAGUGCGGUUGGGUCCAGAGUGCGGUUGGGUCCAGAGUGCGGUUGGGUCCAGAGUGCGGUUGGGUCCAGAGUGCGGUUGGGUCCAGAGUGCGGUUGGGUCCAGAGUGCGGUUGGGUCCAGAGUGCGGUUGGGUCCAGAGUGCGGUUGGGGCCGGGGCCAGAGUUCUCUUCCAUGA